CGUUGGGGGGGGGGGGGGGGGGGGGGGGGGGGGGGUUGGUGGUUCAGUUUCCAGGGGUUUAGCCCGUUGUCGUCUUAAAUGACGGGGGGUGCGGGCGGUUCUGGAGGCAGCGAUUUCGUUCCAGCGACCGACGUGCAGAUGGAUGAGCUGCGCAGGAAGUCGAGAGUGUGGCAUCAUGUGACGCAGGGUCAGAGGAUGGGGACGUGGCAGAAGAGGCACGGGGACUACAAGCUCCGCUGCAAUUAUUGCAAGCAUGUGUGGCAGGGCAAUUUGUUCAAGGCGCGGCUGCACUUCACGCAGCUGAAGAGGUGCGCGGCGGCAACGAUGGACGUGUUUGUGGACAUUUGGAACCACACAGAGUACGAGUUCGAUGACCGUCAUCACCGCGGUAUCAUGGCGUACAUGAGGGAGCAUGAUAUCGCGGAUAGACGAGCCGUGGACGUCCAUCAAGGCAGUGGCAGGGGCCGGACGGGUGGGACACAGUCACGACCACAGGAGCGUGAUGCUGUGGAGGAGGUGGAGGAGUUCCUUGCCGAGGAGGCGAGGCGAGCAGAGGCCCGGGGCGGUGAGGAGGGUGGAGGGGCAGGCCCGACACCCGAUAUGUCGGGAGAGGAUGUGGUUAUGACUGCGCGAGGAAAGAUGCCGGUGGAGAGUGGAGUUGAGGGCGUGCCACAGGGGAGCAAGAGACAGCGGCAGUCAAGACUGGACGAGGUGUACGAUCCGGAUGGGCAGGCCGGAUUCAGGGACACUUUUUUGCAGUGGGCAUACCAUGCCGGUAUUCCGUUCGCUUCAUUUAGGAGGCAAUCAUGGCUUCGGCACAAGAAGCAGUUGGCCUCCAUGCCUCGCGGAGUGCCGCCAGUUUAUCCGUCCUUCAAGGACAUCGGGGGCGCUGGUAUUGAUGAGCAGCGAGGGAAGGUUGCCGCGAUGUUGAGGGAGGGAGGCUCUGGCGGAGGAGGAGGAGGGAGGGAGACUGAUGGAGGAGGAGAAGGCAGGAGGGAGACUAUGGCAGAGGAAAGGAGCCUGAUGUUGAGGAUGAGAGAGGGAGCUAUGGCGGAGGAAGGAGAGAGGGAGACUAUGUGGAGGGAGGUUUACUGAUGGAGGAGGAUGGGGGCAAGAGGGAGGCUGAUGUGGAGGGAGGAGACGGUGGACGAAGGAGAGGGUGACUAUGUGGAGGGAGGAAAGACUGAUGGAGGAGCAACAAGAAGAAGAGCAAGACAAAGCAGAAGAAGAAACGAAAAGAAGAAAAAGAACUGAAGAGACUAAGAAUAAGCGGAUCGAC